CGUUUCUGGGGUCAAACUACUCUGCGCAUGCCCAGAACGUUGAUUUUUCUGCUAGACCGCAAUCUGUCAUAUCAGCAUAGGGUUUUAUUUCUCCUCACAGACUCAAAGACAUUUAAAUAACUUUCAACCGAAGGAAUAUCAAAUACAUUUCUCCUGCCUAACGACCUAACUGGAUUGAACGUUCAGCCCAAUAUCUCUGUCACUCACCGGCGUAACAAACUCAGAAUGAGGAACGGUUCCAAGCGGAAAGAAGAGAUCCAUCUCGUCAACGGAGGUGUGAAGCAGUCCACAUGGGGCAAAACCUUCAACAGUCAUGCUGUCUGGGAGGAGAAGGAUGAAUUUUUAGAUGUAAUUUAUUGGAUCAGGCAAAUCAUUGCUAUAAUCCUUGGUGUGGUAUGGGGUGUCGCGCCACUGAAGGGAUUCUUGGGAAUAGCCAUAUUCUGCAUCAUCAAUGCUGGCGUUCUCUAUGUGUACUUCAGUAGUUUCCAGCAGAUUGACGAGGAGGAGUAUGGGGGCACCUGGGAACUCACUAAAGAAGGCUUCAUGACAUCUUUUGCUUUAUUUCUGGUGGUGUGGAUAAUAUUUUACACAGCACUUCAUCAUGAAUGAGAGAAGAUCACCGGGGAGAAUUCAUUCAAACAAACAUUUCAAUUGAAGGAAAAAUGUCAAGACACAGCAUAGAAGUACAUAGAGAGAGCGGUACCAGCAGGACCUCUCCCUUGAGCAGUGAGCGGCUCCUUCGGAGAACAUCAUUGCUCAAUACAUUACAAUAGGUCUUGACAGUCCCAGAGAUACUUCACGUACCUCUGUAUCUCCUCUAAAAUAUGUUUUACUUUCUCCAACCGACAACGUUAUGAUCCAUUAAGAAACACUAUUUAACUUAAAAUUAGUUGGGAAAGAUACUGCAAUUCCUUGCUGGAAUAUUGAUGUGAUGAAAUGUUUUAAUCCAUGUUUUGAAAUGAUGUCAUCAUUGGUCAUUGGUAAAACAAUGUAGGCACCACAUGUCAGUCUUUAAGAGUGUAAUGCAACAGUCAUUUUUUGUGAUAACAAAGCAAAAUACAUUCAAGUUUUUGGCUUUCCUUUUCUUAAUUUUCAGGAUUAUUCUGCUUUAUUGGCCCCUAUACCUAACAUGUGAUUUGUACACAAAUAUCUUACUUUAAAAUUGGCUGAUCAAAAUCAAUCAGUCCAGACCUAACAGUUCCAAUGCUGCCACACUAGGAGACUGCGUAAGAAACAAAGAACAAUAUAUGCAUGUAUUGAAGGGCAUAAAGUCCAUUGAAUAAAGCUUAAACUGUUAUAUGCACUGCCAUGAUUUGCUACUAGUAUGUAUGGUGUCAUUUGUCUUGGAUGGAUUGUAAGUAGUGGAUAUAAUUAAUUUUAAGUUUUUCUUUUAGUUUUUA